AUGUCUCCGAAGAAAGGCAAAACCACAAAAUCGUCCUUAAAAAAAGCAGGAACGAUGGCGACGACCGUAGCAGCUGGUACAGAUUUUUUAAAACGAACAUGGGGCGAAGACCAAUUAAAUAAAGUCAACGCUAUUCUUGAUGCACGCGAUGAAACAUCUUCUGCCUCAACAUCCAAAGCGAAAGCAAAACCAAAGCUUUCAAAAGCAAGAACUAUGCAAAACACAGCUAAAGAAGCAAAAGAUUUACUUGGUCAACAAAUCCUUGGCGAUACACGUCAAGAAACUAAACGCCGACAAGCAUCAGCUUCAGCUAAGAAACCGGCUGCUAAAGCAAAGAAAGCCAAACCUGCUCGUAAACCUGCAUUAAAACGGCUUGGUACAAUGGCUAAAACAGCCAAAGAAGGUAAAGCGUAUGUAAAACGAACGACCAAGAAAGCGACAGGACGUGGAACGAAGAAAUCUAAGAAAUAA